CACCCUCACCCUCACCCUCUCGAUCCAUCUUCUUCCCUUCUUCCUUUCUCUUUCUUUCUCUCUGACCUCUGGGCUCGGUCACCAAACCCAGAUCGGGCAUUGACAAAGCCUUGACAAAGUCUUAAACACCAGGGAAAAAAAAAGAAGGCCAUGUAAUUGCCCUUAAUCUCAGCUGCAGUUUCCUUUAUGGCACCUUUCCUUCCAACAGCACUCUUUUCUUCCUCAGAAACCUGCAGAGCCUCAAUCUUGCCUUGAAUGAUUUUAGGCUUUCCAAGAUUCCACCAGAAAUCAGUCAGUUUACUAGACUAAAGUAUCUUGAUGUCUCUUCUUCUAGAUUUUCGGGCCAAGUUCCAACAGAAAUUGCUCACCUCCCCAAGUUAGUUUCUCUCAAUCUCUCCAAUUUUGAAUUGAUCCUUGAAACAAUGACAUUGAGAAAUCUUGUUCAUAACUUGAGUGAGGUGAGAGAACUUGUGCUUAGUGGAGUGAACAUGACAUCUGUUAAUCCUCGUUUCUUCAUGAAUCUCUCUUCUUCAUUGACUACUCUUUAUCUUUCAGAGAGUGAAUUGCGAGGAAACUUUCCAAACAGUAUUUUCUGCUUUCCAAAUCUCAAGAAUUUUUAUUUAAGUGGAAACCGGAACCUCACUAUUGAUCUUCCGAGUUCCAAUUGGAGCAGUCCUCUCCAACAGUUGUAUUUAGGUGAUAUGGAUUGCGGAAGGCGAUUGCCAGAGUCUAUAGGAGAUCUAAAGUCAUUACAGUAUCUGAGUCUUGGCUGCAACUUGGAAGGUUCCAUUCCAGCUUCCAUUGGGAACUUAACACAACUUACCUCUCUUGACCUUUCCAAUAAUCAGUUUUCUAGUCCCAUUCCAGCUUCCAUAGGUAACUUAAGGCAACUUACUAUCCUAUACCUCUAUUCUAACAAUCUUAGCGAACAAAUCCCAUCAUCACUUGCAAACCUCACCCAACUUACCUCUCUUGACCUUUCCAAUAAUCAAUUUUUUGGUCCCAUUCCAGCGUCCAUAGGUAACUUAAGGCAACUUACUAGCCUAGACCUCUAUUCUAACAAUCUUAGCGGACAAAUCCCAUCAUCACUUGCAAACCUCACCCAACUUACCUCUCUUGGCCUUUCCAAUAAUCAGUUUUCUGGUCCCAUUCCAGCGUCCAUAGGUAACUUAAGGCAACUUACUAGCCUAGACCUCUAUUCUACCAAUCUUAGCGGACAAAUCCCAUCAUCACUUGCAAACCUCACCCAACUUCCCUUUCUUGACCUUUCCUAUAAUCAAUUUUCUGGUUCCAUUCCAGCUUCCAUAGGUAACUUAAGGCAACUUACUACCCUAUACCUUUAUUCUAACAAUCUUAGCAGACAAAUCCCACCAUCACUUGCAAACCUCACCCAACUCACCCUUCUUGACCUUCACAAUAAUCAGUUUUCUGGUCCGAUUCCAGCUUCCAUAGGCAACUUAAGGCAACUUACUAGGCUAUACCUCGAUUCUAAUAAUCUUAGCGGACAAAUCCCAUCAUCACUUGCAAACCUCACACAACUUCGCUCUCUCUUCCUUUCUCGUAACUUACUUAAUGGCACGUUGCCACCUUGGAUUUUCACCCUACCUUUGUUAGAGUACUUGCAUCUCAAUCAUAACCAAUUUCAAGAUCAAAUAAAUCAAUUCCAGCAAAACUCACUCACACACCUAGAUUUGUCAAACAAUAAACUCCAGGGCUCAAUUCCUAACUCAAUUUCUAAUUUAGUAAAUCUUAGUUAUCUCAAUUUAUCAUCAAAUCAUUUUAGUGAUUUUGUAGUGCCUGACAUGUUCUCAGCGCUUCAAAAUCUCGAAAUUCUUGACCUUUCUCAUAACAACUUAACCGGGAAGAUUCCAAAUUGUCUUCCUAAGUCUCUCUCAGUGUUGAAUUUACAGGCCAAUUACUUUGAUGGAAAUAUAGCAUUUGGGUUUCCAGAGGGCUGUGGAUUACGAAAUCUCAACUUACAUGGAAAUCAAAUGGGCGGCGUAUUACCAAGGUCUUUGGUGAAUUGUCGCAUGUUAGAGGUUCUAGACGUUGGCAACAACAACAUAAGUGAUACAUUCCCUUAUUGGUUGGAAUCUCUACAACACCUUCAAGUGCUUGUCUUAAGGUCCAACAAGUUCCACGGUUCUGUGCAGAGCAAAAAAGAAAGUCUAUCUUUUCCCAAGUUGCGAGUUCUAGACCUCUCCAGCAAUUAUUUUGUUGGUGCUUUGCCUGUUCGGUACAUUGAAAAUUUUAAUGCGAUGAUGGACCCUCAUAAAGAUGGUGGUUCCCCUGAAUACAUGAUGAUGUCGACGGCAACCAAUUCUUAUCAAUAUUCAGUGGUUGUGACAUGGAAGGGAUUCGACUAUGAGCUGCAGAAAAUCUUGACCAUAUUCAGUAGUAUUCAUCUCUCAAAUAACAAGUUUGAGGGAGAAAUUCCAGAUGUUAUUGGAAAGCUUAGUUCUCUCAAAGGGCUUAAUCUUUCUCAUAACAACCUUACUGGUCAUAUCCCACCAUCACUAGGGAAUUUGACGAAUCUGGAAUGGUUGGAUCUCUCUUCCAAUGAGCUAGCGGGGAAAAUUCCAGAUGAAUUGGUAUCUUUGACACAACUUUCUGUGUUGAAUCUUUCAAAUAAUCAUCUUGUCGGACGCAUACCACAGGGCAAUCAGUUCAACACCUUUGGAAAUGGUUCUUAUGAAGGAAACCUUGAACUGUGUGGAAUCCCAUUGUCAAAAUCUUGUGAUGGAAUUGGGACACCGCGGAGCUCCUUCCAAGAAAAAGAUGAGUUGUGGAGAUUUGGCUGGAGAGUUGUGGUGUUAGGCUAUGUAUGUGGAGUUGUUUUUGGACUGCUGAUGGGAUAUCUUGUCUUCGGAACAGGAAAACCAAAAUGGUUUGUGUCUUUGUUUGAUGGCCGACCAAGUCAAAGUGGAAGGAAGAUGAGGAAAGCCAGAAGAAUUGUUCAAAGAAGAAGCUAGUUGCAGAGUUGAUGUUUUAGAGCUUCUGAUUUAAUGUUUCCUGAAUAAGUGCUUUUCGGGUUUGAAGUUCUUGUUAUGGCUGGCAUUGGCUUGCAUAAAAUUGUCAGCCUUCUCUUGUCUUUAUUUUUUUUUAUUUUUAUUUUUUUGGUACACCUUCUCUUGUCUUUAUUAUGCUUUGUAAAAUAUAUUUGAAGGUUUAAG